UCUCCAAAAGUGUGUGUCUGCAACAUUUACCCAAAACGAAACCUUCCUUUGUGGAUUCGCAAUUCUCCACUUUUUUUCUUUCUUCUCUUUUCUUUUUCUUUGAAUUGAAUGUUUUGAGCACAAAACAGAUAGAAACAGAGAAGAGACGUAAUUUGAGUUUUGUCUAUUGAUUUUUUUUGCAAUGGAAAGAGAUUUUCUGGGUUUGAGCGACAAGCAGUAUCUGAGUUGUAAUAACGUUAAGCGUGAGGGUAACAACGAUGAUGUUGUCGGAGAACGAGGAUUGAAUAAGAAGGCAGCAGGACAACAAUUAGGGAAGGCAAAGCUCUUUGCUACUUCAAAUUUCAUGCCUGCUUCAGAUUUUCAGGAGUCUAAGGCGUUUCCUGGUGCACCAUACCAGUGGGGAUCAGUUUACCGCAGAGGCCAAUUUGGCGGUGCGUUUCAUAACGCGACGCCACUUUUACUAGGCGGAUCAGUUCCUAUACCAACUCUUCCUUCCCUUGCGCCACGAGUGGCUUCUCCGGGAUCAUCUCCUCAGCUCACUAUCUUCUAUGCCGGAACUGUUAGCGUCUUUAAUGACAUAUCUCCUGAUAAGGCUCAAGCCAUCAUGUUAUGUGCUGGGAACGGUUUUAAAGGUGAAACUGGAGAGAGCAGCUUGAAGAAGCAACAACCCGUUCGAGAAGUUGAGAGAGUGUAUGGAAAACAAAUCCAUAACACUGCUGCUGCUGCAGCAUCAUCAAGCUCUGGUACUCAUACUGAUACUUACUCAAGAUGUAGAGACAACCCUGUUGCUACAACUAAUGCAAUGAACAUGAUCGAAUCAUUCAAUGCAGCUCCCGGUAACAUGAUUCCUUCAGUUCCUCAAGCUCGGAAAGCAUCUUUGGCUCGGUUCUUGGAGAAGCGCAAAGAGAGGCUCAUGAGUGCAAUGCCAUACAAGAAGAUGCUUCUUGAUUUGUCAACCGGAGAAUCCAGUGGAAUGAACUACUCUUCUACCUCACCUACCUAAACAUCUCUUCUUCUUCUUCUUUUUUCCUUUAUUUUUUCUUUAUAUUUGUUUUUAAGAUGGUAAUUUGUUAUUUUAAUCAUUAGAUUAUAUAGCGUACGAGGGCGAGAAAGAAGGCGUUAGGGCGUCUCUGUAUUUUGAUCAUUGUUUGUAUAAUGGCUUUGGUCUGUUAUAGUAGGAAGGAUUAUUACACUAUACAACAUUAAGCACUAACAGAUACAUGUUUGUCAUGUCUGUCAAGAACUUUAAAGAUCGAAUAAUAUUUCACUAUUUCUGAUCA